AAGACGGAGCUUCUUUGAGGAAGUGACACAUUUCUGAUAAUAGGAAGUACAUUCAACAUUUCUCUUUGAGAGGCAGCCGGUCUAGAGACUUACACGAAUACAAGAGACACGAUGGACGAGUUCAAACGGAUUCAAAAGUCUUCACUUCUCAUUCUGCUGCUUCAGUUUACAGGGGCUGCAAUUGGACAGCGUAACCUCUACCUCUCUGUCAGAGCUGGAGAUGAAGCCACUUUGCCGUGUAAUGUGAUUCAUGAUCUGGGUGAAUGUGAUGGUACUACCUGGUUCUUAAGUGAUUCAAAAAUCACAGUAGAGCUGGUUAAAGGUGGGCAGAUUGGUAACCAUGCUCAAUCAGACAGACUGAGAGUUACGGAUAAUUGUUCUCUGGUUGUAAAGAAGGUCACAGAGGAGGAUGCUGGUCAAUACACCUGCAGACAGUACAAAGCUGAUCAACAGCAAGGUCCAGGCUCUCAGGUUCUUCUGUCUGUUGUUACCAUGACUGAGCAUCAGAACAACGAUGAGGUGACGUUACUCUGCUCUGUGACGACACGUGUAGGUUGUAGACACAAAGUGAAGUGGCUGCUUCAGGGUCGAGAUGUGGAUGAAGACAACAAGGAUAUAAAGACAUCAGCGUCUGACUGCAAUGCUUCUGUGACAUUUCCGACUUCUCAUUAUGGUUACAGACAAAGGUCUGAGUUAUUUACUUGCUCAGUAACAGCUGAUGGUUACAACGUGCAGACCUUCAGCUUUCAGUCCUCAGAUGGGGAUGAUCAAGCAGCAACAACAACAACAAAUACAUCAGGUCGCAUCAACAACCAAGUUUGGUGGUUGUACCUGGUUGUGGCUUUGGUUCUCGUAGCACUUCUAAUAACCAUUGUGGCUUUCAUCACAUGGAGGAAAAUGAAAGGGAAGGAAGCACGGGAAAGUGACAGUGUUGGACAGACCUCAAACCCAGUGAAUUCUCCAGAGACCAACCCGGCCACGGCUGAUCAUGAAGAAGGAGUUUGUUACGCCUCCAUCAGCUACACCAAGAAUACCCACAAAAAUGCUGAGGUUAAGAUUGAGACUGAUGAAGGUGACGAAGUGACUUAUUCGACUGUGAAAGCUUCCACCAAUGAACCCAGCAGCCUCUACGACACCAUCUAACGUCAAUCACACCAUCACACCUUCUCCAAUCUCUGUUAAUGGUUUUAUGAUCAUUUUCAGGAUGGAUUCAUGUGAAAAGCUUCAUUUCUGUGUACAGUUUGACUAGUGGCGCAAUGUAAGAAAAAGGAGAAGUUAUACUUAGCAUGCUUGGGCGGUUGCUUUAUAUAUAUGACCUCAAUAUGUGACGGAUAGACUUCCUGUAAUAGUUUUGUGCUCAGUGAUGGAUUUGCUCAUCUUAUGCUAUAGUAUGUAUUUUCAUAUUGUUAUUUUAGUAAUUAUGUUAUAUGCAAAGAAAUGCAGAAUCUGUUCUUUAGUUUCAUCUGUAAUUGUUUGAUAUUCAAUAAUUUGAUCAUGUGUGUUUUAUUUAGCUUUCCCUAUAUUGUUAUUAAAGUAUUUAAUGACCUGUUAUUCAGCUGGAUGCGUGCAAACCAUGGAAAUCCUAAAGUAACUUUGAUGAAUGUCCAUGAUGUCAUGUACUGUAGGAGUUAGAAAAGGAAAUGAAGCUCUUGAGAGUAAGAAUAGAGGAAGAAAGUCACAAUGAGGAAGCGACUCGUCACAAGAAGUAGAUAAAGCGUUUAUUUUGAGAAAGCAACCGGUUUUGAGACUAUUAAAGAGAAGCAGAGAUGCUCUUAUUGCACUAUUCCACUAUUUUUCUUUUUGUAUUUACUUGCACUAUUUGUUCUGUUUUAUUGUGUUGCACCGUUGGAGGAG